UCAACUGCAUCUUCUGACCUGGUCUGAUAUACGUUUGGCUCUGGUGCAUUGCCUCAUCAUUCUUAGGAACCUGACGAAAUAGUCACCGAAUUCUCGUCCGGGCACAUUCCCGCCUGCCUCAGCUCCUCCACACACACCACCGCAACCAUAUACAUGGCUCUGCCCACCUGCCUCACCUCCAUCAGCCUGGCCCUCACCUCCUCCAGGAUGACCACGAUCACCACCUCCGGUACUCCCACCCUGACCACCAUCACCUCUACCAUAGUGGCCCCCGUAACCACCUCCACCACCUCCCUGACCUCCCGUCACCACCGUUGUACCCUCCUCCACCACCACCACCACUUCCCUGACCCCGUCGUCACCUCCAUCGUCUCCGUCAUCACCACCUUCAUCCUCACCGCUACCCUCAUCCUCUCCGCCUCUGCCUCCACGUCGGCCUCUACCUCACCACCACCUCUAGCUCCUCUACGGCCGCGACCACUCCCCCCUCGCCGUCCAACCAUUCCCAAACCUUCCCACCAAACCUCAUUUCCGAUUCCCGUCCUCAAAAGUUAAAAGUUUUCAUCUUUUCUUCAUUUCAUGUUGUUUCCCAUUUUGUAUUGUUCAUGGGGUUUAUCUAGCUUUGCUUUUCUUUUUGCUCUUGUUGGGUUAAAUUUGUCUUUUGGUGUGUGGGUAAUUUUGUUGAAGUGUUGUUCAUGAGUGUGUAUCCCUCAUCCCUCAUUUUAAUGUUAGAAAACAAAAUAAUGCAAAAGAAUCAAAAGACGUUUGCUACUCAUAGUAUUCUUCCCUGUACCCUGUGGUUCAGUUUCUGGAAGGAGAACUACUCAUAGUGUGUUUGUAUUGCAAUCCAGGUGGAAGCUUUGCCCCAAGGGAAAAAAUGAGCCUUCUAAAGAACUGCCGAAGUUUUCUGUCAAACUUUUUCUUCAUUCCAGCGGGCAUGUUGCAGCGAAAUUCCAAUAUGACCAGGUAAUAAUUUCUGCUUUUCUGGAUUGGCUGUUUUGAGGGCUUAGUGAUUUGAAAAUUUGAGUCUGCAGGUUAUGGAUGUUUCCGCUUUCUUCCUUAUCAGAAGCAGAGAAGGUUCUAGGAGAAAUAUCUAAUUAUAAAGUUCAGUUGGAGGUGGUAAAAGCCAAAAUCAAGUCUGCUAAAUCAAAAGAUGAGUCUGAAUCUGUUAAAUUUACUCAAAAGAAUCUGAUUAACAAGAUAUAUACUAAUUCUGCAGAUGCCAAGAUUCCUGCUACUCUUGAGUAUCUCGGAACUUUCAUUGAGGCAGGUUGCAAGUUUCUUAUAUUUGCGCACCAUCAGCCAAUGAUAGAUGCGAUACAUGAGUGCCUUCUUAAGAAAAAAGUGGGUUGCAUCUGGAUUGAUGGAGGUACACCCGCUGCAUCAAGGCAACAAUUGGUUACAGAUUUCCAGGAAAAGGAUUAUAUCAAGGCAGCUGUACUAUCCAUUAAAGCGGGAGGAGUUGGAUUAACUUUAACUGCUGCAAGCACAGUUAUCUUUACAGAACAAUCCUGGACUCCAGGUGACCUAAUUCAGGCCAAAGAUCGUGCGUAUAGAAUUGGUCAGGUAUUCUCACACUCAUUAAGUAGAAAGGAGAGAGUUGUUACUAGUUGCAUGACAACAUUAAGAAAACAGAUAAUCUCAAAUGAAAAGAACUCUCAUAUCUAAAUUUUUUAGUAGCAAAGACAACAUGUGCUCUUCUGUUUUUUGACUUGUUAGUUCUUGU